CAAAAAUGUCCACCGCGUGUGAAGUUGGAAUGAAUUCAAUCUACAGUCACGAAAAAGAGCAUUUGAAAGAUUCGAAGCAUAAAUCUAACCGUAAAAAGCACAGUUCUGGUGGACAUAUUAAUGCGGAUUCUAGUACAAAAGAUAAGCAUGUGCCAGAUAAUACUAAGGAAAGAAAAUCAUUCGAACAUAGUAAAUGUAAAUACAAAUCUCCUAAACAUGCACACACUCUUUCAAAUUCUGAUCAUUUCAAGAUAGAUACAAUGCGCAGGCAUGUAAAUCGUGGCUAUGAAUUCUCUGCACCUAAAAGCUAUAUUGACAAUGAAAGUCGUUUUUCCUCUGAGUGGCACGAAGAAUAUAAUACUGAUCUUGUACAAGAAGUUGAAUAUUUAAGCAAACAGGUUUCUUAUUUGACGGAAGAAAAUCUGAGAUUGAGCAAUGCCUUAUAUAAUAUAAAGGGUCAUUCAGAAGCAGAAACAGAAUCCGAAGUAUAUAUCAGUUUCAAGGAAAAAAGAUUAGAUGAAAAGUUUUCUUCGAUACUCAGAGAUUUAAUUGUAGAAUUAACUUCAGGUCAUCUUGAUAUACAGGAGUUAAAAAAAUUCAUUUCAUCAAAGAAGCAAAACACGAAUGAAGUUGAGGAAAAUCCUGAGGACUUAUUUUCGUUAGAUAUUUCUACAGCAUCAGAAACAAGUUAUACUGUUGUACCUAAGUAUGAAGCAAGUUUUAAUGAAAUUCUUGAUAAGAAAGAUGAGAGUGAUGCUAAAUCUGAAGCUUCUGAUGGAAAGUAA